UGCCACGUGAUUCAGCCUACUCGGUCAUAUGAUGAACAGGACAGAAAGGAAGACUUAGCUUUUGCCAUUCGCAAGUAUGUCUGAAAAUGAAGGAGAAGAUGUGCAUAGUUCAGAACUCUUCUUGGGAAUCAGUUUGCCCGAAACCGAAGAGUUGGACGACCAGGAGUUUGACAUUCCUCAAGUAGAGACAGCACCCACCCUGGAGAGCAUUUUAAAUGAGGACUCUUUCAUGGAGAUGGAGUCCAACCCCUUCUUACCUGAUGACUUUGCACUCUCCACACUGGAGGCAGGAGAGUUGGGUGGAGGUGACUUGCAGCCCCAGCAGGAGGAGGUGGAGGUGUCUGAGGUGGAGGUGGAAACAACGUGUGCCCCAGAAUACCAAUGGAUCAAAGAUCCUCCUCUUCCUGCAGUUGAGCAGGAUGGUGUUUUGCAUUGUCUCACUCUGAAAGGCGUCUCUGCCCAGGUCCUCUCUGCUGUGGGCCGAGUUGAAGGUGGAGGCCCAACUGCAAUGGCUGUCUGUGGCAUUAUAGCAAUAGGAACAUCAACUGGCCAGCUGCUCAUAUUUGACCCCAGUCAGGUUCUGAAGCUUUGUCUGGGGAGCCAGGCCUUGGGGGCCCAGCACGGGUCCAUAACUGCUCUCAGCUUCAACCGCGACGGCACUCGCAUCCUCUGCGGAUUUUCCAUGGGACCGAUUCUUCAGUGGGAUGUUGAAUCAGGAAAACUGCUUCGCACAAUUACCAUUGUUCCAGCAGGCACUGCAGUAAUCACUGUUAAGUUUACAGAUGACCCCACAGUUGCUGUGUGCAAUGACAGUAGCGGCUCUGUGUUUGAGCUUCAGUUCAAGAGAUCCCUGGGAGCGAAGGCGUGGGACUCGCGCUGUUUGUUCAACAGCGAGAAGGGGGCAGUGCGCUGUGUGGAGCCCCUGCAGCUCAGCGAGGAGCUCUCCGGACACCCCGCUGCUCAGCUCCUGCUGCUGGCCAUGGUGUCACAGCGUAAGCUCCUGGUUGUCUGUCAGAGACCGGAGGCUAGGGUGAUCCAUGCUUCCCCUCUGGUCAAGGUCCAUGGCGACUGUGUUCCCAGCCUUUCCUGGCACUUCCUGCGGAUAGGGGGGUCUGCUGAUCCCGCUGUGGCUUUCUGCCAGGGAUCCUGCUUGUGUCUCUACCAUGUCAAAUUUGGAAGUGAAAGUAUCUCUGUAGAGAAAUUAAAAGAAUUCAAUUUCCAGUUUGAAAUAAUAAACACCAAGUGGCUGCGGCCCAGAACCUUGCUGUUGGUAGAUGCUGCCGAGCAGAUUCAUGCAGUGGACAGGGACAGUGGGGAGCAGCUGCAGGAGUUGGAGCUGGAGAGUAUGGCCCUGGUCAGCACCUCUGCCCCCUACCCAACCAACCAGGCCUCAGAAGAAAACACCACCGCAAAACCGAGGGAAUACAAGAAGCUUACCUACCAGUCAGUGUGUGCACAUGGAGGUCAGGUUACCCUUCUGGGGACGAAGUCCGUGCAGCGGGUCACUUUGAAAACAUGGGAAGAGAGGCUGGACUGCCUGGUGGAACUGGGGCGUUACAUGGAGGCGCUGGCUCUUGCUUGGAAGUUCUUUGACCGGAGUGCCAAAGCAGUUGUGGGUCUUCCUGGGGACAUUCAAAUGCGGAAAGAAAAGGUUGCUAAUAAGAUGACAAAACUGCUGUUGGCCUAUGUGGAAUUGUCACUGAGAAGGUGUCCUGAGCAAGGAAAACUUCAGGUCAUGGAGGAGCACUUCCAGAAAACAAUCCCCCUUUGUGUUACUUGCUGCAUCAAGUUCAACAAAACGGAGGUGCUGUUUGGAGAGGUGUAUGAGAAAUUGAUUCACCAUUCAGUAGCGCUUGGGGUCCUGUUUGAGUGCCUGCAGCCCCACAUAUCUGCAGGCCGAGUAACAAGUAUCCCCCCACUGGUCAUGAAAGAUAUGGUGGGCCACUAUGAGGACCAGGGCAUGACCAAGCUUCUUGAUGACCUUAUACCCCACCUUAAUGUCAUGACCCUUGACCUCCACCAGGUGGUCAGUUUAUCCAGGCAGUACAGGCUCUGUGAUGUUCUGAUCUUUGUGUAUAACAAAGGAAUGAAUGAUUACAUCACUCCCAUUGAGGAAUUGCUAGGGAGCAUGGCCAGUGCUUCUCACGAGGUGAAACCAGAUGAACUGAUGACAGUCGGCAACAAGAUUCUAGUAUACAUCAGCUGUUGCUUGACUGGCCAAGCAUAUCCUUUUGGAGUAAUCCCAGACAACAUGGUUCAAACUGUGAAAUCAGAGGUGUUUACCUGCCUGACGAGCAUGCAGGUGAAGGGUUUUGAAGCAAGCGAAGAGCCUUAUCCAUUCAUCCGCACUUUACUCCAGUACAACACAAGAGAAUUCCUUAAUGUGCUAGCACUGGCAUUUGCGGACCUGGAGCAAGACCAGCAAGCAAUUGAAUUCCACCAGAGAAUGAUAGACAUCCUGCUACAGGUGAUGCUGGAGAGCACAGAUUUUAGCCCCUCCCAGAUCGGCAGCCUAUUCACCUUCCUGGCCCGCCAGUUAGCCAAGGCUGAGGACAAGCUGUUCGUCAACCGUCAGCUCUUCCACCAGGCUCUUGAUUUUCUGUGCAAUCCAGAGGACACAACACAACAUGCAGAGAGACAGCAGGCCUUGUUGGAGCUGUUGCAGGCUGGUGGGGCUGCAUACUUUGAGGAGAAUAAGCUUCUCGCCAUGGCUGAGGCUGUUCAUUUCUUUCAGGUGUGUGAGUUUGUGUAUGAGCAGAGACGUUUAUAUCACAGAAUUGUGACCUGCUACUUGAAGGAUCCUGCAAGAAAGGGUCAAGCUCUUCGGUAUCUACAUGAUGUCAUCUCCUCUGAUGAACUCACAGAGGAUGAGAGGGUCUUGUUCCAAAAUGAAGUUUUCUGUAACCUUCAGGAACUCCUGGAACUUGGUGCACGCCAGACCGCCACUCUCGUUCUACGUUAUUUCCAGGACAGCAUUCCCCUCAUCAUGGAAACCCUUCAGCAGGAUGCCAAAUUGCUUUUUGAAUUUCUUCACGGAGUGUUCAAUCCCAAAGUGGAGCCCUGGCCUUUCAAAGACGCUAGCCUCCUUGAUCACGACUGUCAUGAGCGCUACUUGGAGCUGCUGUGCCAGAGCCACCCAUCAUGGGCACUGGAGUUCCUCAAGCUCUCUGACCUGUAUCGGCCUGAAGAAGCAGUGGAGAUAACACAAAGACACAAGGUGCAUGAUGCCUUGGCAUACCUCCUGGAGAGCCAGGGAAACACACAGGGGGCGUUCUCAGUGCAUAUGGAGAACCUCAAAUCGAGUCUGCAGUCUGCAGCACCCUCUGCCAGCUUAGAGGAACCUGGAGGAAUCUGCGAAAGCCCUGAACUUCUUCAGACUGUCCGCUUACUACUCCGGGACCUCGUUGCCUUCUGUCAGCGGGCUUCGGUCACACUCGACUCCAAGCAGAGAGAAGACUUGUGGUUUCCUCUUCUGGAUUUCCUGAUGUCCCCAUCAGAGCAAUUACAAGGACCGGUUUCACCUGAAAUGGAGAGGGGUAUCAAAGACCUCACCAAGGAGGUAUUGGACGGAAUGACCUCCUACAUCCCUUUGAUGGCUAUUCUCCAGCGCCUUAUGCAGGAUCCUGUUUACAGUGUUGGGAAAUAUGGAGAAAUAAAAAACCUCAUCUUUGGAAUACUUGAUGCUUACAUCUAUGAAAAGACCCUCCUUGAAGCUACCAGCAACCUGCUGAGCCAGGACCUGCACUGGUCCCUAUGCAGUCUGAGGGCGGCCGUGACACGCGGCCUGGCCCCUGUCCAAAAGCGCUGCGGAGUCUGCUCCCAGCAGUACACCCGGGCCACCAGCCAUGGGGACAGGGUGGUCCUCUUCAGCUGUGGGCACAUUUACCACCACGCCUGCCUGGAGAGCAGUCUGAGCCAGCAGGAGAGCCAGGCGGAGGAGUGGGCCUGCUUCAAGUGCCAUGCCCCCAACAAGAAGUGGACCCCCAUCACCCCCAAACGAGUCUCCCAAGACCCUCAGUGCUUGGAAUUAGAUCCGGGUCAAAUUGCUGCAUCAGACUGUCUGAGAAGGGUUUUCAAGAAUCAGUCAAGGAUCUCAAUUCUGAUGGAUCUCAUCAGACAACCAUGCUCCAGCAUGGACUCAAGUAAGCCCGGAAGUAUCUUCAGACACACAGGGAUCUUAGAAUCGGCGGAUUUAAAGCUAAACCUGGCUCCGCCUCCUUUAAUAGACUAGGGUUGCCUGUAGGGUUGCCAAUGGGCUGUCAAUUCCACUAAUGAUGCAUCCCAUAAGAUGGACCUAUACCAUAUACUACUCAAAUAUAUGAAUGUAUUUUAUAGCUGGCCAUAUAACUGAAACCACUGUAUUAAAGCCACCAGGGUUGGAUUCAAGUUCCAGUUCCUUCCAGUCAAUUUAGAAAAUAUACUUAAAUUCAAUUAAUUCAUUAAUAAAUGUCCACAAUGUUGCCUGGAGUUUUUUUUUUCAGUUAAUAAACUGAAUUAAAAUUCAUUUUCUGAAAUGAA